AAACCUGCACUGCGCUGGCUGUCUUGUGGCCCCAGAGACUGCAGCAUGCAUGACGCGGCGCGCGCUGGUGGCGCGAUCUACUGCUGAUAACUGAAAGCAUGCUGCAGUGAGGUCUCUGAUGCUGCAGUCGCUGGCAGUGGCCUCUUUUGCCCGUAACUGCAACGAUCGCUAGCAGCGACGCUGGCGUCCUCUUUCGAGAAAUACCGCAAGCAACCAUUAUGCGGCGCUCCGCGCGGAGUUUUUGCAGUUGUGCGGGAUGUUUUCGUUGAGUAUGGUGGGUCGCCGAAAAUGCCAGCGUAAAGCGCCGAGCGGCGGCCCAUGACCUCGGUGUUGUGACCCCUUCGGAGCCCCAUUAACGACCCUUCCUUGAUCUAUUGCGGAGUGUUGUGCCCGGAUGGACGUUGGCUCCGGCGACGAGGAUGGCUGCGGUGGCGACAGCGGCACCAUGUCGCCCGCCCGCGCCUCGUCGUCGGAGGGCCAGCGCCCGGCGUCGUCGCCGCCCGACAUCGCCCAGCAGCAGCAGCGCCGGCAGCAGCCCACGUCCCCGCGGCGCCGAGCGGGCGCGGCCACCAAGCGCAUCGCGUGCGCCGUGUCCACCACGUUCCGCAAACUGGGACACCGGCUGCACCGGCACCACAAGGCCUCCUCGUCGGCCGUCGGAGGCGCCUCGUCGUCCUACGCCACCGCGGCCCCGGGAACGGGAAACAGCCUGCAGUACUCGGGGCGCCUGAGCAGGAGCCAUCCGGACGUGUCGUGCUCGGACCUCGUCGGGCUGGCCCGGGGGGAUUCCGUGGCGUCGACGCCGUGCCAACGGCCCGUGCCCGGCGGUUGCCGGGACCAGGCCUCGUACUCGGACCCCACGCUGUUGAGGAGCAGGCGGAGGCUGCGCCCGCAGCAGCAGAGAGUCUCGGUGGACGAAGACACUUCGCUGGACGUCACCGCCACGGCGCCGGCGUUGUUGCAGACAGCGCCGCCGGCCCCGGCGACUCCGCCGGCAUCGUUCGCCAGGGGAGUUCUAGCGGCGGCCGAGGGCGGAGAGGACGUCUUCCCGUGCAAGACCCGCAAGUGA